AUGAAAAUUCUGCAAAAAUUAAAAGCAGAAAAUGUUCGUUGUGUGUAUCAACUCAAAUUCUCGACCAGAGUACUGGGAAUAGAGACCAGGUAAGACUGAAUUCGAAUAAAAUUGCCUAAAAACUGAAUUAGUUGUGAUGACACAGCAGUGGCGAUUGUUAAUGACACGAGACAGAUCUUGGCGUCCCAACGAUUCACAGAACGGUCGAUUCAAUGGCAACAGGGAGGCAUCAACCCGUCAGUGUGCGCGCAACAGGUUAGCGCUGAAAAAGUGGAAGCGAAGUGAUCAAUUUGGGAUUUCAGCACCGUGAACAUCUACCUCGACUGAUUGAAAAGUGUCUGGAUGAAGCGGGAGUGGCUCCGAAAGAUCUGGACGCCGUCGCAGUUACCGUAACCCCUGGAUUAGUAAUCGCACUCAAAGAGGGCAUUUCUGCGGCGAUCCGGUUUGCGAAGUGAGUUUUCAGCGGUAAGCGAUUCCAAGAAAAAGUUUAAUUUCAGAUCGUACAGUCUUCCUCUGAUUCCCGUGCACCACAUGCGGGCGCACGCCGUCUCCAUCCAGCUCGUGAACGAUUCCGUCCGAUUUCCUUUCUCAACCCUUCUCGUUUCCGGCGGUCACGCACUCAUCGCAGUUGCCAAAAGCGCCGAAGACUUCGAAUUGUACGGCCAAAGCGUGGGCGGUUCGCCGGGCGAAUGCAUCGACAAAGUCGCUCGUCAGCUGGGUCAUUUGGGGUCCGAAUUCGACAGAAUCCAUCCGGGAGCGGCAGUGGAGGUGCUCGCUUCUCGUGCGUCCCCAGACGGGCACAGUCGAUAUCCGGUGUUCCUUCCGAGUGUUCCGAAGGCCAACAUGAACUUCGAUCAGAUCAAGGGUUCUUAUCUGAAUCUUCUGGAACGAAUACAAAAAAGCGGCGGAGAGACCAUUGAUAUUCCCGACUUUUGUGCUAGCUUACAAGUUCGUUCCGAUAGAAUUAACCGCAGUUUCCAUGUUUUUUCUGCAGAAUACAGUCACCCGUCACAUUGCCACCAAACUCCACGUGUUCUUCGAAAGCCUCGGGGACCGACUCCCAAAAAACUUGGUAGUCGGAGGAGGUGUCGCUGCCAAUAAGUACAUUUUCAACGGUAAAUGAACCAUCUGAACAUUUCCUUUCAACUUUUCCCUCUUUAGCAGUCUCAAAGUUAUGCGCGGCCCACUCGGUCUCGGCGGUCCAAUUGCCCGUUUCGCUGUGCACGGACAACGCCGAAAUGAUCGCAUUCACCGGCCUUCUGAUGCUCUCCGAUCGGUCUGUCGCCGGCCAUUUCCCCUCUAUAAUUAACUGGUUCGGUUGCAGAUCGGAGGCAAUUUGGGCGCCGACGGACAUCCCUGACACAAUUUAUGCACACGCGCGCACUGACAUUGGUAUUGACGGGGAGGGGUGUCAUUUGCAGAAUUGGAUGGCAUUCGAAUCGGAAAUCUUCUCAUUCCACAUUUUCAGGAUCCGACGUCUCCAGCCUGAUCCUUCCGGCACCACGUCGCAAGCUGGUGACGUCCUCGUUGCACGGCCAAGAACGGAUACGAUUUAGGAAUUUGGAUGAUCUUCGAAAAUAA